AUGUCAGAGAGCCUGUGGACCUUCUUUCCCUUCCUCUCUGUGAACCUGAAACACAAUCACGCCAAUGCUCCACAAUGCAGUAUUCUUGUCAACAUCAAGAUGAUUCCUCAACUGUUCUCUUUGUAUGUUGCUCAUGAUGAGCACUUGGAUAUGGACAUAAACAUUCUGGACCUUGAUGAUGAGCAGGCUGCCAAGAUAAAGGUGUAUCCCCAAGCUUUUUUGCACAAGUAUGGCCACCUGCAGUCUGAUUCCACCUUGUCUGGAGCCUAUGCCUGA